AAGCUCUAGAAUUUAAACAACAAGAGAGACACAGACUGAUGUUACACGUGUUCAGCUGUCCGCAUACUUUUGGCCAAGUGGGUACAACUGAUACUGAUUAAAGAGGGCGGGAGGGAGAGUAGCCCCGCCCUCCUGGACGCACCGGGAGCGGAGCCGGUAACCUCACCAAACGCUCCUCCUGCAGCUCAGUUCUUUCUUCUUUGUCUGUUUUUCUGUCCGGUGAGCUCGGUUUAGCCCGGUUCAGCUCGGUUCAGCUCGGUUUAGCCCGGUUCAGCUCGGUUCAGCCCGGUUCAGCUGGGUUCGGUGUGCAGCGGCGGAGGACAGAGCAGUGAGUCCAGCGGCAGAGAGCAGGGAGCCGGGGAGCCGGAGAGCAGGGACCGGGUCCUGCUGCGGAGCUGCUGCCCAGUGAUACUCAGCCAGAGAGCGGCGGGGAGGUGCGGGGAGGUGCGGGGCUGCUGCUCGGUGAUAUCAGAGUGAGCAGCGGACUCUGGAAGUGAGCCGCAGUUACAUAAAGAGGACGUAAACCCUGAGUGAGAGCUCCGGGACACUUCUGCUGGAGUGAGUUGAGUUUGCAGAAGGACGCACAUGGACGCAGCUGUCGGUCUUCUGCUCCGGUUCUGCUCCGGUUCUGUUGCGGUUCUGCUCCGGUUCUGAUUUUUCUGUGAUGGAGUGAAAAUGAAACUUCGGGACAGUUUUUCCUGCUGGAGGCGGAUUUGGACGACUUUAAUGGUUUUUGAGGAGAAACCGUCGCGGUGAAGCUUUUCCCUUCUCACACAUGAAGAGCUUCAAGCGACCGAGCAGCUGAAGAAAAUGGAUUAUUAUCACUCUGCCUGCGGGGAAAUAAUCAAUAAUCAAUAAUAAUUCGACCAUAUGAAGCUCAUAAUCGAUGAAUAUUGACCAUCUUCGGAUCCAAACUGAAUAGCUGUCAUACUUCCGUCCAUGUGCUGAACCAGCAGCUGUUGUCGGAGAGUUUGAUGAGUUUGUUCUGCGGGUCUGCUUCCUGCGGGUCUCCUUCCUGCGGGUCUUCUCACGCUCACAGCUCCACACAACAGACUCGGAUGGCCGCCGGGACGCAGCGCACCGCGCCGCCGCACAUGGAGCGCUCCGGGCGGCCGCGGCUGCUGCUGCUGCUCGGCCUGCUGCUCCGCCUCUGCUCCGCGGUCACCGACGACCGCCUCAUCUCCGACCGGUACGCGGUCUACUGGAACAGCUCCAACCCCAGGUUCUUUCGGGGCGAAUACACGGUGGAGGUGGCGAUCAACGACUACCUGGAUAUCUACUGUCCGCACUACAAGGGGGCGGAGUCGGCCGAGCGUAUGGAGCACUAUGUGCUGUUUAUGGUGAACUACGAUGGCUACACGACCUGCGACCACCGCAGGAAGGGCUUCAAACGCUGGGAGUGCAACCGGCCACAGAGCCCCAACGGCCCGCUCAAGUUCUCAGAGAAGUUCCAGCUGUUCACGCCCUUCAGCCUGGGCUUCGAGUUCAGGCCGGGACAUGAGUACUACUACAUCUCAUCUCCACAUCCAAACCUGGCUGGGAAACCCUGUCUGAAGCUCAAAGUUUACGUCAAACCAACCAACGACUCUGUGUACGAGUCUCCGGAGCCCUUCCUGACAGACGACACCACCGGCGGCUGCGGCGGCGCUCUGCCCCACCUCUCCCUGCUGGCCACCAUGUUGCUCGCCCUCCUCCUCGCUUCCUCAUAGCACCUCCUCCUCCUCCUCCUCUUCUUCUUCUUCCUCCGCCUUCGUCGUCUUCCUCUGAGGAGAAACAACCAACCUGAGGCAGGAAACAAAUCCAGCUCCUCUUCCCUGACCUCUGACCUCUGCCCUCCCGCCGCUCAGCAGCUCAGCCAAUCACAGGAGGCUGAGGUCACUGGUGGGAGGAGCUUCUGCUCUGUGCUGGAUGUUUCUGUUGUCUCAGUCACAGAUCCACUCUGACUCCAUGUUAGUCAUUAUUUCCACAGGUGAUGUUUACCUGAGAGGAAAUAAUUCAUACACUGAUCAGCUGAUCGGCUGCAGUCUGAGCUGCAGUCUGAGCUGCAGUCUGAGCUGCAGUCGGCUGC